AUACGUCAGAGCUUUGUCUGACACUAGACAAGACAUAUUUUCCCUUUCUUUCCCGCGUCGCACUACAUGCGGACUCCCGGGCUGAGGGAGAGAGGCUCUUGUGUCUCGUUUGUCUAUCUGCCUGUGGGGAUUCAUGGUCGCUAUUAUGAGGCGGGCGAGCGGUUGGGCGCGUGGUAGGAGGGCUAGCUGGGCGUUGAGUAUCUUUUUCGCUUCUCGUUCCAUGUUCAUCUUGAUGAUCCUUUUUUUUUCGUAUCUGUUAGACAGUUAGUCACUGAAUGGUACACGAGUGCGAAGGGCUUACGUCUGUAUCAUACUACACAACGCGCCACAACUCAAGAUCCGAUAACUACAACAAAGCGCGUAACCAUCACCUCCCCAGGACGUCGCCGUCCCGGUGGAUCUGCUUCCUCAUGACCAAACCAAACGACGGCAUCGCCAUCAUCGCCUCGCUCCUCAUUCUCCUCGGCAUCAUCAUCCUCCUGCUCUUCUGCUGCUGCUGCUAUCAACCUGCCAUUGCCGCGGAUGAAGAAGACGAGACCCCGACAGAUCAGAAUGCAUACGGAAAUGGAUAUGGAUACCCUCACGGCUAUGGCAUCGAUCCGUCUACGGGGAUGGCGAUGCCGGCUAGAGCUUAUUACCCUCAUGUCGCUGGCUGGGAUACGCCUCCGCAGGAAAGUGAUGUGGCUGGUUGGACCCCCGAGACGCGCGGUUGGCGAUCUGUUCCGCGGGGCUAUUAUCAUGCGUAUCCGGGCCAGGACAAUUAGGGUGCGGCGCUGGGUGCUAUUUGGAAGAGAGAGUGCUGGAUAUAUAGGGGUUGGCGCUGAUCGUUUGGCUGGGCAGGUUAGUGACAGGUGAGGUUCGUGGGCUAGGGGUGUGGAACGUUUUGAGGGUAGAUGUAGGGCCUGUUAUGGGAAUCUUCGAGGUUUCGUCAUGGGAUGCUGGGGUGAAGCUGGUAGCGUAGCUGUGAGGACUGCGGCCAUGUAUGGCAGCGCUAUAUGAUAACCAUUGUUGUACAAAGUAGGCUAAGGCUGCAUACAGAGAUUGGGUUUGUGGCAAGCCUAGGUUCGUGAUAGUUGGUUUGGAGUGAUUUGGUGCCCUCGAACUUUAUUUCCUCACCAUCAGAUCUCUUCCCGUUGCUAUCUGAGCGGGCUUGAUAUUGGACAUCCGAUGACUAGGUAGGCUUGAUAUCAAGUAGAAAAGUCAGAAACUCAAAAGCAU